AUGGUGAGUGUGGUGCGGGUGCAUUUUCCUUCUGAUAUACCGAUUGUGGGGUGCGAGUUGACACCGUAUGUCCAAUUGAAGCGAACCGACAAUUCUGUCGUUGCCGAUGAUGCUACUGAGUCGAACCCCAUCGAUGGCCAUUUUUUGCAAUACAGAUGGUACCGGGUACAAAAUAAUAAGACCGUUUGUAGUGUUCACCCAACUGAGCAAGCUACGGUACAAUGCAUUGGAUGCUGUAAGGCCAAGUUACCUGUUGCCCAGAGUUACCAUUGUUCUAACAAGUGUUUUGCUGAUGCAUGGCAACACCAUCGUGUUCUGCACGAGCGUGCUGCGUUAAAAAUGGUUCCUCGAACGGAUGGUGAAAUAUGGUUCGAAGUUGGAAACUCCAAGACAUAUACACCAACGGCUGAUGAUAUUGGUCAUAUCCUGAAAUUUGAAUGUGUUGUAGUAGAUGUUGAAACAAGAGAAGUAGUGGCUUCUCCCGAACCUUCUGGGACUGAUUAUGUGAUUUCUGCUCCAUCACCCAGUCCACGUAGAGUGAUAUCUGUUAGUGGAGUGGAUAUUGCUAGGCAUAUGGGUAUUGAUCGUCGUUCUUCAUCUGGCAUGACAUUUUCAGUGCUCUCGUACAAUAUUCUGUCUGAUAUCUAUGCUUCGACGGAAUUAUACAGCUAUUGCCCCCUUUGGGCCCUUCCAUGGUCCUACCGCAGACAAAACCUGUUACGAGAAAUAGUUGGUUACCAAGCAGACAUUAUCUGUCUCCAAGAGGUUCAAAGUGAUCAUUUUGAGGAAUUCUUCGCACCUGAGCUGGAUAAACACGGCUAUCAAGCUGUGUUUAAAAGUAAAAGUGGAGAGGUUUUUGGUGGGAUAAUGAAUACCAUUGACGGCUGCGCUACUUUCUUCCGCCGUGAUAGAUUUGCACUUGUCAAAAAAUAUGAGGUUGAAUUCAACACAGCUGCUCAAUCCCUGACUAAUGCUUUGGUUCCCAGUUCACAGAAGAAUAAUGCCUUAAAUCGAUUGAUAAAGGAUAAUAUUUCGUUAAUCAUUGUUCUAGAAGCCAAAUUUGGUGGCAUUGAUAAUCCCGGGAAGCGCCAGCUUGUUUGUGUGGCAAAUACACAUGUCCACGUGCAUCAAGAGUUGAAGGACGUGAAGCUGUGGCAGGUCCACACACUUAUGAAAGGCCUGGAAAAGAUUGCUGCAACUGCGGAUAUCCCAAUGUUGGUCUGUGGGGAUUUUAAUUCUGUACCUGGAAGUGCUCCACAUGCCCUUCUCGCUUUUGGGAGAGUUGAUCCUUUUCAUCCAGAUUUAGCUGUGGACCCUCUAGGAAUUCUUCGCCCCAUUGCUAAACUAACACAUCAAUUGCCACUGGUUAGUGCUUACUCAUCCUUCGUCAGAGCUACUGUUGGUCUUGGUCUAGAGCAAAGAAGGAAAAUGGAUCUUGCUACUAAUGAGCCUCUCUAUACGAGCUGGACCAGAGAUUUUAUUGGUACUCAUGAUUACAUCUUUUAUUCAGCCGACACUUUAACGGUGGAGUCUUUGUUGGAGCUUCUGGAUGAGGAUAUCUUGCGCAAGAACACUGCUCUUCCUUCUCCAGAGUGGUCAUCGGAUCACAUGGCACUAUUCGCCGAGUUCCGCUACAAGCCUAAGAGACGUUAA